CCCGAAACGCCAAAUUUCCAAUGGGCGCCGCCAUCUUGAUGUCAAAGGUCAGAAUAUAUCCCACUAUGCUUUGCGAUCACCAAGGUAACAGGAACAGCGACAGAAACCAAGAUGUCGAAAGGAACGACCAUCAAAGAAGCCCUGGCGAAGUGGGAGGAGAAGAAUGGGACUAAGGCUGCAGAGUCCACAACAGUGAAGCUGUAUAUGCAGAUACCUCCCAUCGAGAAAAUGGAUGCCUCCCUCUCCACUCUUGCAAGCUGCGAGAUGCUAUCGCUCUCCACCAACUGCAUUGAGAAAAUUGCCAACCUGAAUGGCCUAAAAAACCUGAAAAUCUUGUCCUUGGGCAGAAAUAACAUAAAGAACCUGAAUGGCCUGGAGGCUGUAGGGGACACUUUGUGUGAGCUGUGGAUCUCUUACAAUAACAUUGAGAAGCUGAAAGGCAUCCAUGUGCUCAAGAAACUGACGGUGUUACACAUGUCCAACAACCAGGUCCGUGACUGGGGAGAGUUUGGAAAACUGGCUGACUUACCAUGCUUGGUUGACCUCUUGUUUGUUGGUAACCCCCUGGAAGAGAAGCACCAGGCAGAUGGUGACUGGAUUGAACAGGCCACUGGCAAGCUGCCUAAACUGAAGAAACUGGAUGGUGCGCCAGUUAUCAAGCAGGAAGAGGGAGAUGACUGAGAUUCUCAAGUUGUACAGCGUGUCUGUUUGACACUUUUGUAAACAUACCAUUGAAUAUGAUGACUGCACCUUCCUGUGGUUUUGGAAUACUUGAAACUUUUUGACUGCUGUUUGAAAUAUGGUUAAGUCAGCAGAGUCCUGGGUCAAAAAUUACCUUACAUGA